GGUCUCUUUUUCCGUCUUGUGAGAUACUUUCGCCGGUGAGGAUUGACGAGAUCGCCGUAUCGCCCGGAGAACCAGAGUCCGUACGGAGGAGAAGAUGAAGAUUUUUGUGAAGACUUUGAAGGGAACUCACUUCGAGAUCGAAGUGAAACCCGAAGACACGGUUGCUGAUGUCAAGAAUAAUAUAGAAACAGCACAGGGUCAAGAUGUCUACCCUGCUGCGCAACAGAUGCUUAUUCAUCAAGGGAAAGUUCUCAAGGAUAACACAACCCUGGAUGAAAACAAAGUAGCUGAAAACAGCUUCAUUGUUAUAAUGUUAACUAAGAGUAAGGUUUCAUCAACUGGAGCAUCAAGUGCAUCAGCUGCACCUGCAAGUCAGGCUCAACCUGCAGCCCCUACAUUACCACAAGAAUCAACUGCACCUGAAGCCUCUCCCCCAACUGUGGCUCUGCCUGCUUCUAUUCCUGAACCAAUUUCUACUCCAGUUGCUCCUCCUUCUUCUCAGUCAGAUGUCUAUGGGCAAGCAGCAUCAAAUGUUGUUGCUGGAAGUAAUUUAGAAGCCACAAUACAACAGAUCCUUGACAUGGGUGGAGGAAGUUGGGACCGGGAUACAGUUGUACGUGCUCUACGUGCUGCAUAUAACAACCCUGAAAGAGCCGUUGAAUAUCUAUACACUGGCAUUCCUGAGCAAGCUGAGGUUCCAGCAGUUACCCGAGCUCCAGUUAGUGGGCAGGCUGCAAACCCUCCUGCACCAGGGCAACAACCUGCAGCACCUACCAGCACUGGCCCUAAUGCAAACCCCCUAGAUCUCUUUCCACAGGGCCUUCCCAAUAUGGGUUCAAAUGAUGGUGCAGGCACCUUGGAUUUUCUGCGCAACAGCCAACAGUUCCAAGCAUUGCGAGCUAUGGUGCAAGCAAACCCUCAAAUCUUGCAGCCUAUGCUUCAAGAGCUUGGAAAGCAAAAUCCACAUUUGAUGAGGCUCAUUCAAGAGCAUCAAGCUGACUUUUUGCACUUGAUAAAUGAACCUGUUGAAGGAGAGGGGAACCCACUUAUUCCACAAGCUGUGACUGUGACCCCUGAGGAGCUAGAGGCAAUUGAACGUCUGGAGGCGAUGGGUUUUGAUAGAAACCUAGUGUUGGAGGUAUUCUUUGCUUGCAACAAGAACGAGGAGCUCGCGGCCAACUACCUCUUAGAUCACAUGCAUGAAUUUGAGGACUGAUCAUAGUAGCCUCUCUCUCAUUCUCUUUAUUUUCUUUCUUGGUUCUUGCCUUUUCUAAUGUGUAUCAUAAGUUUGUUAUAACUUUUAACGGUGUCCUAUACCCAUCUCCCUGUCAUGUGAAGUCUUCGGAACAGACAAGUAAAGAUGUUAAUAGUCUCCCUUUUAUACCAUCUUUAGUAUUCAUUGUCUUAAUUUUGCUUUUAUGUAUUUGUAGAUAAUAGUCUUCUCUUGAUUGGGAUUACAAUAAAAUAAAUUUUUUAAU